AUGACGGUCUCGUGCGAUUCGGAACAACUUCGCCUCCCACGCAUCCUCUGCCUGCACGGCGGCGGUUCAAACGCCCGGGUUUUCCGCGCACAAUGCCGAUCCAUCACAGUUAUUCUGGGAACCCACUUCCGCUUUGUGUUCGUCGAUGCACCAUUCCUGUCACAAGCCGGCCCUUGCGUUCUGUCCGUCUACAACGGCUGGGGCCCUUUUCGUCGCUGGUUGCGAUGGACAGAUGAUCAUCCCGAAAUGGAUGCGGCAGCCGCCACUGCGGCCAUAGAAAAAUCCAUCCAGCUGGCUAUAGAGCAGGAUGACGCUCUCGGGGCCACUGGCGAAGUGGUUGCGCUGCUUGGCUUCAGUCAGGGAGCCAAGAUGGCUGCAUCGAUGCUAUAUCGGCAGCAAGUUCGCAUGAUGAGGAAGAAAAAAGAACCUGAGAUGGGACUAGCACAGGGCACGAACGCUAUGUGCUUUCGUUUUGGGGUGCUCCUGGCCGGAAGAGGACCCCUUGUUGCGAUGGAUCCCGAGUUCCUCAGCCGUUCCAGCCUUCCUGAUACGUCGGCCCUGAGCGGCGUGGACAGUGGCUACAGCGAUGUCAACGACAAAGGAGAGCAUACGUUGCACAUUCCGACCUUACAUGUACAUGGCUUGCAGGAUCCUGGCAUCAACUGUCAUCGAAGAUUGUAUGAGAGAUACUGUGAUGGGGCUACCACGAGGCUGGUGGAGUGGAAUGGAGAUCACCGUGUGCCAAUCAAGACAUGUGAUGUAAUUGCUGUUGUUGGCGAGAUCAUGAGUCUUGCUAGGCAGACUGGAGUAUUGGGCGCAUGGAACUAUUUGGAAGUCGAUGAGAAGCUUCUCUGA